AUGGUUUCACCAGGCUCCGGCGAGGACGGGCCCAGGCUCAGGGCGAUGCCGGCCCUGAGUCCAGAGCUCUACCAGCGCGCCUGGGCCUCGAUCCCGCAUCCUACCCUGCCCCUUCUGGCGACUUGCCACUCCAAGGCCGUCACCAUCUACUCGCUCUCCUCCCUCACCUCGCACAGCAUCCUGACUGGCGGCCAUGCCCGCUCCGUCCGCUCCGCCGCCUGGAAGCCUGCCAUGCCCCCAAACAAGCUCUGCCUCGUGACCGCCAGCUUCGACUCCACCGCUGCCCUGUGGCGCUGGGACGGCGGCAACCUCUCUGUGGAUCAGCCGGCCGACCUUGUCCCGUCUCACCCCGGCAGUUUGGAGGUUGACGUGACCACCACCACAGCCAGCCGCUCCCCACAGAGAGAUCCCACUGCCUCCGAUAAAGACGAAGACGACUGGGAGUUCUCCCUGGUCCUCGAGGGCCACGACUCAGAGGUCAAGUCUGUCGCAUUCUCGCCCUCUGCCCAGUACUUGGCUACCUGUAGCCGUGACAAGACUGUGUGGAUAUGGGAGGAUGUCGGCGCCAACGAGGCCGACGACGAGUGGGAGACGGUCGCCGUCCUCAACGAGCACGAGGGCGACGUCAAGUCUGUCUCCUGGUGCCCCGACGUGCCUGGCCGCACCGCCAAGGGAAAAUAUGGCGCCGACGUGCUGGCGAGCAGCAGUUAUGACAACACCGUGCGGAUCUGGCGGGAGGACGGCGACGGGGAGUGGGUAUGCGUGGCGGUCCUGGAGGGCCAUGACGGCACUGUGUGGGGUGUGCAAUGGGAGGCCAGCCCGGACAGAAAGGCGUUCCCGCGCCUGAUGAGUUUCUCGGCGGACAAGACAAUACGCAUCUGGACCCUGGAAGAGGACGACCAAGACGAGGAGGAGAGCGGCGACGGGAGGAACCCUCUGUUCCGACCCGGCUUGGGCGGCAUCCCCAACACCAUGCGUCGCUCGCUAAGAGAGGAAUGGAAAUGCACAGCCAUUCUUCCUUCCGUGCACAGGAGGGACGUGUAUUCUGCCGCGUGGAGCCCCGUCUCUGGCCUCGUUGCCAGCACAGGAAGCGAUGGAAUUAUUGCUGUCUACAGGGAAGAUGCCGCCACUUCCAGCGACGCUUCCGAGCCCACGAGGCUUGGGGCAGCACCAUUGGGACAUGCUGAAAACGGCGAGGCAACCGCCGUCCCGCAUAGCUCUGAGGCCACGGGGUGGCGCGUAAUGGCCACAGUGGAGAAUGGCCAUGGGCCUUACGAGAUUAAUCAUGUCACCUGGUGCCGCAGGUUUGACUCUGGGGCCGAGAACCGCGGCGUGGAUGAAAUGCUUGUCACGACAGGUGACAACGGAGAGGUCAAGCCAUGGCAGCUGACUGCCCCUUAG